GGGGUGGGCUGAGCUGAGCCAGGGGCUGCGCGUGUUGCUGCCGCCGCCUGGGAGAGACCAAGAACAGGGUCGGCGCGUGCGUCCCGGAAAAGAGCAAGGACGCCAGGCUGCCCGUCCCCGUCUGGGUCAAGGCCAAGGGGCGCGCGGCGAUGUGAGCCAUGAGCGCGACGUGGACGCUGUCACCCGAGCCGCUGCCGCCGUCGACUGGGCCCCCGGUGGGCGCAGGUCUAGACGCGGAGCAGCGUACGGUGUUCGCCUUCGUGCUCUGCUUGCUCCUGGUGUUGGUGCUGCUGAUGGUGCGCUGCGUGCGCAUACUGCUCGACCCCUACAGCCGCAUGCCCGCCUCAUCCUGGACCGACCACAAGGAGGCGCUUGAACGCGGGCAGUUCGACUACGCGUUGGUGUGAGGAGGCUGGCGUCCAGGGCAGGCUCUCGGCUAGUCUCCAAGGGCCAGCCCGGUGGGGCUACACCCGCAUGAACUGCGCUCAGAAUUGCUCGUCCCUAGGCCCGGGGUUGAGGGUGUUUAAGAGAAGUCCAGGCCAUCUCCCCUUAGGCCCCACUCAUUUCCCCUCUUAAUCCAGCAAGAGCCCCUACUUGUGCCUUUGUCUACCCAGUCCCUUCCUCUCUGCUACUCAGCUAGUCCCCUACAAUCUAAAGUGGGAGGAGUCCCUUACCAAUAACCCCGUCUUUCCCCAAUGUAUGUGGCUCUGCUACUGUCCUGCUGUCAGGUAUGAGUGUCACAAUCUUUCCUGGGGGUGCAGACGCCUUUGUCCUCUACUCCCCUCCUAAUGAUCCCAAUUUUGCCAUGAUUGAAUGUUGAUCCUCUCCUUGAACUUGGGCCCUGCAAGGCAAGCUCGCUCCAGCCCACAGUGGAAGCUGCAUACCAAUAAUGCACUGCACAGCCAGUCCCAGACAUAAACCAGGAAACCCACCAUGGCGGCUGUGUCGAGGAUGCGUGGAGCUUUCCAUGGAGGAAGAGCACAAGCCUGGCUCAUCCCCUCUCCAGCCCAGGUCAGCGUGUCCUUCCUCCUCCCCAUUUCUUGUUCCUCAUCCCCUCACCCUCUCCCCCAUACAUUUGACUCUUCCCUGCUUCUGAGUGAUGAAGAUAAUAAAAGCUAUUGUUGAGGCUUA